UUACUUUAUCAAAAGUGAAAGUGAAAGUAUGACUAUGACUACGGAAGUUAGAGAACACCUCAUGCAAGAAAAUGACUUCUAAGUUUUCAGAGGAGGAUUUCUCAUGUCCUGUGUGCUUUGAAAUCUUCAAGGAUCCUGUUCUCCUACAAUGCAGUCACAGUGUGUGUAAAGUGUGUUUGGAGCAAUACUGGGAGGCCAAAGGAUCCAGAGAAUGUCCUGUUUGUAGGAAAAAAUCCUACCAGACACAGCUACCCACAAACUUUGCUUUAAAGAACCUGUGUGAGACUUUCUUACAGGAGAGAAGCCAGAGAGCUUCAUCAGCGUCUGAAACAGAGUGCAGUCUGCACAGCGAGGAACUCAAAGUCUUCUGUCUGGAUGAUCAACAGCCGGUGUGUGUGGUGUGUCAGACUUCACGAAAACACACUGACCACAGAUUCUGCCCUAUUGAUGAAGCAGCAACAGACUGUAAGGAAAAGCUCAAGGCUGAAUUAAAGCUCCUGCAGGAUAAACUGGAGAACAUUAAGGACUGCAAACUGAAAUGGAGUCAGACUGCAGAAUAUAUACAGAUUCAGGCCCAACACACAGAGCAACAGAUUAAGGAGCAGUUUGAAAAGCUUCACCAGUUUCUACGAGAUGAAGAGGCAGUCAGAAUCGCUGCACUGAGAGAGGAAGAGGAGCAGAAGAGUCAGAUGAUGAAGGAGAUGAUUGAGAAGCUGAGCAGAGACAUAUCAUCUCUUUCAGACACAAUCAUAGCCAUAGAAGAGGAGAUGAGCGAUGAAGACGUCCUGUUCUUACAAAACUACAAGGCCACAGUGAAUAGAGCCCAGUGCACACUGCAGCAUCCAGAGGAGCUUUCAGGAGCACUGAUCCAUGUGGCAAAACAUCUGGCCAACCUGAGGUUCACAGUCUGGGAGAAGAUGCAGGACACUGUCCAAUACAUGCCUAUAACACUGGACCCAAACACUGCUCAUCCUCUUCUCGUUAUAUCUGAUGAUCUGACCUGUGUGAGACUCAGUGAAGAAGAACUGAAGCUGCCAGACAAUCCAGAGAGACUAGAUGCCUGCUUAUGUGUGCUGGGCUCUGAGGGCUUUAUCUCAGGGACAUACUGCUGGGAUGUCGAAGUUGGAGACGCUGCAGCAUGGUCACUGGGUGUUAUGACAGAGUCUGCUCAGAGGAAGGGAGAUAUAAACUCCAGAGGUGGACUCUGGUACAUGUGGUAUUUUGAUGGUGAAUAUGGCGCAGGUUCUUCACCACACCCACACAGUCUCCUCUCAUUAGAACAAAAGCUUCAGAGGAUCAGAUUACAGCUGGACAGAGAAAAUCUGUCAUUCUAUGACCCUCUUACUGGCACACAUAUACACACUUUCACACACACAUUUACCAACAGAUUACGGCCAUAUUUAGCUAUUGGUUCUGAAACAUCUUCCCUGAAAAUCCUUCCUAUUGAGAACUAUAAACAAGUAAAUCACUGAAGGUAAACAGAAGCUCAACUCAAGCUGUUAGCUGCAAUCUGAAACUUGUUUCAGGUUUUCUUUAUGUCCAAGAUGACUAACAUUAUUUAUAAUAAUCAUCCUGCAUGUCUCAUUUAAUUACAUCAAUUAAUACAAAUUUCUGCUGCUUAGCCUUCUAAAUUCUGCAGACCUUUAGAAUUUGUUUGGUACAAGUGAAAAUUUUCAUAUUCAUGUUGUUCGUAUGGUAAUUCAAUGUCAGACCAAUGAGGUCAACUUUUGUUUUUCUAAAAAUUGAGAAAAUAGAAAGCCAUGUAAUCUAUCCUUGUUGUGCCCAACUGAAAGCAGAGAAACAAGUUGCAGGUAUCUUCCAUAUUGCUGUAGCAAGGAGUCAAAUAUCGCUUUGUCCCAGGCUUGACCUGAUCAGACACCAACUGCAGGAAACUCAGGCCAUAGAUGCUGCUAUGUCAAUCAAUUCAGCGUAGAUCAGUCUCUUGUCAAUGUAUGUUUUAUCCCUCUGUAUGGUUCUCAGGUCAGUUUGGAUCUCAGCUGGAGAUUUCCUGUCACAUGUGCUAUAAAGCACCUGAAGACGUGGAUGCCUGAGUAUUGCACAGAACUGAGUAAAACCGAGGAAAGAAAAAUAGAAAGAAAAAGGGAUGAUGAUUACAGAUUAUAGUAUUAAAUCACAGUUUGAAAUCUAAGCAUAUGAUCAUGAAUAUGGAUGUGUGGAUCUCCAAACAGACUCAAAUCUAUUUCAAAUCUGAUUCAUUUUGAAAUGACCUGCCUGAAUGGCAAUGGUGUCCUUUAUGUGAUAUGCAGUACUACCUCGCUACAUAGAGAGUUUAGCAUGUGUAUGCGGCAUGAGCCACUACUUCGAUAUGCAUCUAAGAAAAUUUAAUUAGCUAUCUAUUAACCUUUUUCUUUUUUAAUAAAAUGCAAUAAAAUAUAUUUAAUAUACAGUCA